AUGGCGGCAUACGGCAAAAUUGAAGAAUAUAAGGCAGAACAAGAGGACUGGAUUCAGUAUACAGAGAGACUGUCCCAGUAUUUCAUCGCAAAUGAAAUUAAAGAAACUGAAAAGCAACGUGCAAUCUUGCUUAGUGUGUGCGGGGCUAAAACGUAUAGCCUUUUGAGAAGUUUAGUGGCUCCACUUAAACCUAGUGAAAAAACAUUUGCCGAGCUCGUGGCAGCUCUUACAGAGCAUUAUAAUCCGAAACCAUCAGCCAUAGUACAGAGAUUUAAAUUUGAUAGCUGUUCUCGCAAGCCAGGCAUAUCAGUAGCUGGUUUCGUAGCGGAACUCCGCGCACUUUCAGAGUAUUGCGAGUUCGGAGACACAUUGAAUGACCGUUUGAGAGACAGACUAGUGUGUGGAAUUAACGAUGAACGCAUACAACGCCGAUUACUGUCAGAGUCGACGCUGGAUUUCAGAAAGGCACUGGAUAUUGCGCAAGGGAUGGAAAUUGCAGCAAAAAAUACUUCCGAUCUACAGGCUACAACAAGCGGCAUUCUACUGUUAAACACAGGUACGGUCAAUGAGAUUUCAUACGAUAAAUCCAGAAGACAGACCAGUUACUCAGAGAACCAGCACAAAUUGCCAUGUUAUAGAUGUGGGGGUAAGCACUCACCUGAUGUCUGUAAUUUUAAAGAUGCUGAAGUCUGUCGUAGUAAAAAGAAAGAUACACGGAAACAGCCCAGGAAGGAGGAAUCGAUGCACGUAGUGGAGGAGGAAAGUGAAGUGUAUACAAUGUUCAAUGUAAGAAGCAAGCAGCAGAGGGAAAAGCCAAUCACUGUAGAGGUUAUUAUAAAUGACCAAGUAACCACCAUGGAGAUUGAUACUGGAGCUUCAGUAUCAAUAAUUAGUGAAUCAACUUACAACAGAAACUGGCCUUUGGACAAUAAACCUGAACUUACCACAUCUGAUGUGGUUCUACGCACCUAUACAGGGGAACAAGUUCCAAUACUGGGGUCCAUCAGUGUUUUGGUUAAAUACCAAGGACAAGAGAUAUAUUUACGACUCACUGUAGUUAAAGGGGAAGGCCCCAGUCUGCUGGGUCGGGACUGGUUAAAACAGUUGAAACUAAACUGGACAGAGCUAUUUUGGACACAAGCUGCAGGAUACCAAACAUUGUUGGAGAAGCAUAGCGAACUCUUUCAAAGUGGUUUAGGUACACUCAGGGGAACGACAGGAAAAAUUCAGGUGGACCCAGCAGCUAGGCCACGUUUUUUCAAACUGAGACCAGUCCCAUACGCCAUGAAAGACAAAGUGGAUCAAGAACUGGACCGAUUGAUAGCAGAAGGGGUUAUUGAACCAGUACAGUUUUCUGAGUGGGCAGCCCCAAUAGUACCAAUCCUAAAAGCAGACGGCAGUGUACGUAUAUGUGGGGACUACAAGGUCACAGUUAACCAAGCGGCAAGGAUAGAUACAUACCCCAUUCCCAGGAUUGAAGAUCUUUAUGCUACGCUCGCAGGAGGACAGGAAUUUACAAAAAUUGAUUUGAGCAACGCUUACCUGCAAAUUCUACUGGACAAAGGAUCCAAACCUUAUGUGACCAUUAACACACAUCGGGGACUGUUUUGCUAUAACCGCUUGCCUUUUGGAGUGUCAGCAGCACCUGGCAUUUUUCAAAGAAUAAUGGAUUCGCUCUUACAGGGCAUACAGGGUGUGUGUGUGUACCUUGAUGACAUUCUCAUUACAGGCAGAACUGAACAGGAACAUCUUGCAAAUUUAGAGGAAGUGUUACACAGGCUCUCACAGUCAGGAAUGCGUAUAAAAAAAGACAAGUGUGUUUUCCAGGCUCCUGAAGUCAUCUAUUUGGGACAUAAGAUAGACGCAGCCGGUCUACAUCCCGUGGAAGAGAAAGUGAGAGCCAUAUCAGAAGCUCCAGCCCCAAAAUCUGUUACUGAGCUAAAAUCCUUUCUCGGCCUGCUCAACUAUUAUGGACGUUUCUUGCCAAAUCUGUCCACAGUUUUAGCACCAUUGCAUAAACUGUUGCAGAAACAGGUCCGGUGGCAUUGGGGUUUGGAGCAGACAAAGGCGUUUACGCAGGCAAAAGCUCUGCUGCAGUCUUCAGACGUACUGGUGCACUAUGAUGGUAAGAAAGCCCUGGUGUUAUCAUGUGACGCUUCGCCUUAUGGAUUGGGAGCUGUGCUUGCACAUAGGAUGUUGGAUGGUUCAGAGCGGCCCAUCAGCUAUGCAUCACGCUCUUUGGCACCUGCCGAGAAAAAGUAUUCUCAACUGGAGAAGGAAGGGCUGGCUGUUAUUUUUGGCGUAAAAAGGUUCCAUUGCUAUCUGCUGGGCAGACAUUUUACAAUAAAUUCAGAUCACAAGCCUCUCCAGAGCUUGUUCAAUGAAAAUAAACCAAUACCCCCAAUGGCCUCGGCUAGAAUUCAGCGCUGGGCUCUAACGUUGGCUGCAUAUGACUACAGUUUCCGAUAUAAACCGGGGGAGGACCUUGGCAACGCAGAUGCACUGAGCAGACUUCCUUUACCAGAAGGCCCACAAAAAGUGCCAAUGCCAACCAAAACAGUUCUUUUAUUGGAAUGGCUCUCAACGUCCCCGUUAGAUGCGAGACAGGUCAGCAAGGCUACCGAAAGAGACCCAGUGUUAUCAAGGAUACGCAGAAUGGUUACAAAUGGUUGGGUGGGGUUGCCAAAUAGGGAAACCAAGCCUUAUUUUAGCAGGAAACAAGAAAUAAGCAUCAUGGAAGGUUGUCUCCUGUGGGGAGCACGUGUCAUCAUUCCACCUACACUGAGACUGCAAGUUCUAAAAUUACUGCAUGAGGCACACCCAGGGAUAGUGCGCAUGAAGUGUUUGGCACGGAGCUAUGUGUGGUGGCCGAAAAUGGACCAGGAAUUAGAAAAGAAGGUCCAGGAAUGUACCAGAUGCCAAGCAAAUCGGCAUGCCCCUCCAGAGGCACCGCUACAUCCCUGGAAAUGGCCACAAAAACCAUGGGAAAGAAUUCAUGUGGAUUAUGCUGGUCCUGUUAAUGGAAAAAUGCUCCUGGUGAUAGUGGAUGCGCAUUCCAAGUGGAUCGAGGUCCACCCGAUGACCUCGUCCACAGCUGAGGCUACUAUUGACAGACUCAGAGUCACUUUUGCUGCUUUAGGACUGCCAGAAUCAGUUGUUUCCGACAAUGGACCACAGUUUGUGGGAGAACUAUUCAGGCAGUUUAUGGUCCAAAAUGGCAUUAAGCACAUUAAAACAUCCCCUUAUCACCCCUCCUCUAACGGUUUAGCAGAGAGGGCAGUUCAGACAAUCAAGGAAGGAUUAAAGAAAAUGGAAAAGGGGAAUAUGGAGUCGAAACUGAUCAGGUUUCUUUUCAAGUACAGGGUGACGCCCCAAGCCACCACAGGUAAAUCACCAGCGGAGCUCCUGAUGGGACGGAAACUUCGCACCCACCUGGAUUUGCUAUACCCAGAUGAGAGAGCCAGGGUCGAGCAGAAACAGGCGCAACAGAAAGCAAAUCAUGAUAUACACGCCAGACAACGGUUCUUUAAGGUGGGGGACAGUGUGUUUGCUCGCAACUUUGGCACAGGGCCGCAGUGGUUGUCAGGCACCAUAAGCAAACAGACAGGUCCAGUGUCAUACGUUGUACAAUUGCAAGAUGGUAGAGCCUGCCGGAGACAUGUGGACCAUGUCCGUAGGGGUUUUCCUAAAGAACCUGAGACAGAUAUGCCGCAGCCUGACAGUCCCCAACUAGAAGUAGAGGACACUGUGUCUGACCAGCCCAGUGUGGACCAGGGUGACUCAAGGACAAAGACACAGGAUCAGCUUGCAAACUAUGAAGAAGAACAGGAGAUUCUAGAAGACACUUCUGAGAAUCAGGACAUUACAGUGGGGGACCAAACAGAAGACACAGCCCCUUUGCGUCGCUCUAGUCGUAUCCCGAAGCCUCGGGUACUGAUGGACUGGUAAAAGCUAAAACCAGAUAGUUACAGGCAGUUACGGAAGAGAGGGCAGAAUAAUCCCUCAUAAUUGUCUGGAGGAACAGGGUAGUCCACCCCUGUCCUCAUAGUGGGGUCAGGGAUUGUUUGUGUUCUUGUUCUACAUGUUAUUAUUAAUAAUAGUAUUUUGUUUAAAAAAAAAAAAAAAAAAAAAAUGAAAAUAUAGGGGUUGACAAAUACUUAAAGUGGGAGGAAUGUAGAGUAUUGGAGUGUUACAGCUUUAAGCAAUGUAUGCUAGAGAGGUCAAAGGGCAGAA